AAAAUGAAGGUGAUAAAAUACAAUACAAAAUAUAUACAUUUAUUUUAAACUGCACUUAUUGUUACCAUGGUAAUGGUAAUCAUGGUAACCGUGCUUUUAACUAGAAAGGCUUUCUAUGACAUCACAUAUGAUGAUGUCAUGUAACUCUGUAACUAGGAUCCAGAUUGGACAUAAUCUCAAAUCUUAAUCACACAUCAUAUCAUCGAUACAAGCAGGAGUUCAACGACGAUACAACAGCGAUCGACUCAGAGACACAAACCUGUCUUAACUCGAAAAAGAGCAAUGGAAUCAGUGAAGAACAAAAAACCAACUGAGCAACCAAAACACCUCGACUGGGCAAGUGCUGUUGAAACACAGAUGGAGACAUUUCCUCCCUCUGUGCAACAACUUUUUCAGUUGGACCUCGGCGCCAACACCAGUCAGGACAUGGAGAUCGGCGAACAAAGUAUACUGCAGAUUCCAGAGCUACUGUUCCAUCAGCUCUUGGAUGAAAAGGAGCAAAAAAUCUAUUUACUGCAAAGGGGGAAAGAAGCCCUGAAUAAAAAGGUAGAUAGACUCAAAGUAGAACUUGCAGGGGUAAAGGAGGAGAAGAUGGAAAGGGAAACAGAGCUGUCCCUGAAAAUAAAAGAACUGCAGGAAGCUCUGAAUAAUGAGAAAAAGUGCAGAAUGGAGAUGGAGGCAAGCCUCGCGAGAAGGGCUGAGGAAAUGGCCCAGAACGCGUUGGCUGAAAAUAAAGAAGAAACAACCAGCCUCAAGGAAAAGUUAGCCCAGGUCCAGGAGGAUCUGGACAAGUCUCUGCGCCAGUGGGAGGAGGAAAAGACUCUUCUCCUGGCUCAGAAAAACGAAGAGACCAGCAGCCUGAUUAAAAAAAUCAGCCAGGCCAAAGAGGAGCUAAAGAAAGAAAAGGAAGAAGAAACAACCAGCCUCAAGGAAAAGCUAGCCCAGGUCCAGGAGGAUCUGGACAAGUCUCUGCGCCAGUGGGAGGAGGAAAAGACUCUUCUCCUGGCUCAGAAAAAUGAAGAGACCAGCAGCCUGAUGCAAAAAAUCAGCCAGGCCAAAGAAGAGCUAAACAAAGAAAGACUCCAGUGGCAGGAGGAACGCUCCUGUCUCCUGGAGUCUGUCAAUGUUAUGAAGCAGGCUCUGCAAGAAAAAGAGGAACAGAGACAAAAACACGAGGAGGAACUCAGUAGAAGACUGGCGCAGCUAGAAGAUCUGGUCAGCAAUAUGCCAGAAAAAAAACCAAAAAGGAGAUCUCUGGGGAGACGGUUCAUCCAGAUCUUCAGAAGAACUAGAGGGACCCAAUCUGACUCUGAUCUCCCAAUUAACAUCAACUGAGUAACCCUUCCUCCUACUCUCUCUCUCCUCUCUCCUCACCUCACACUCCAACUCCCUCAUCCUCUGCCCCCAAUCUCUUCCCCUAAUCAACCCCCCUUCACCCCCCUUUACCCCCCCUUUCACAGCAGCACAGGGUCUCACUACAAGGACUGCAGAUAAACAGAAAAAGAAGUUGUUGGUUUAGCAGCGUCGUCUUUCUGUCAGUUCUGCAUGUUCUUCCCUUGUCUGCAUGGGUUUCCUCCGGGUCCUCCGGUUCCCACAAAAAAAAACAAAAAAACCCCCCCAAAAAUUCGACAACAACAAAAAAAAAAAAAAUAAAUAA